AUGUAUUUGAUUGAUUCCACUUUUGGGCCCAGGCCUAAUAUCACAAAGCCCGUUUUGGAAACGGGACCGUUAAUCAUGGCGCUUCUUCGGCCGCACCUUCAUCGCUUUCACUCCAACAGUCUCCGCCAAUCAGCUUAUCCUUCUAAAACAACCGCCGAAUCUGGCGGUGGCCUACUUGUCUAUCCCACGUACGGUCGCCACCGUUGCUCCGCGAUCGCGAUCGACGCGCCGUCGUCUCUGACGGGGGUAACGCCGAUCAGGUGGGGAUACACGAGCGUCCAAGGAUUCAGGGAUGAGAUGGAGGAUGACAUCGUCAUCCGUUCAGAAGCUCUCGAUAACUUCUCCUUCGCCGCGGUUUUCGACGGCCACGCUGGCUCGUCCUCCGUCAAAUUCCUCAGGGAGGAGCUGUACAAGGAGUGUGUUGGGGCAUUGCAAGUUGGAUCCUUGCUGAGUGGAGGUGAUUUCGCUGCGAUCAAGGAAGCUCUGAUUAAGGCCUUUGAAAGCGUCGAUCAGAAUUUGCUCAAAUGGCUAGAAACAAACGGUGAAGAAGACGAAUCAGGUUCAACAGCAACUGUGAUGCUCAUCGGAAAUGACGUCUCCUUCAUUGCACAUAUCGGCGAUUCUUGCGCAGUCCUGUCACGAUCUGGGCAAAUCGAGGAGUUGACUGACUCUCAUCGUCCAUAUGGAAGCAGUAAGGCAGCUAUUCAGGAGAUGAAGAGAAUCAAAGAUGCAGGUGGAUGGAUUGUUAAUGGAAGGAUUUGUGGAGACAUAGCUGUAUCUCGUGCUUUUGGUGAUAUCCGGAUGUUGAAGAAGGGUGUCGAUGAAGGAAGAUGGUCCGACAAGUUUGUUUCCAGAAUCGAGUUUAAAGGGGACAUGGUGGUCGCAACUCCAGAUAUCUACCAAGUUCCUCUUACAUCUGAUUUGGAAUUCAUUAUUUUAGCUUCUGAUGGAUUGUGGGACUACAUGAAAAGAGAUAAGUACAGAGCUAACGGCGAUCUAUGUUUUGCUAAUGCAGCAAAGAUGUGGUUCUGCAACACAUAUAUGCUUGCUUGUGAAGCUCUUGCGCAAGUUGCUUUGGUAAAUAACGAGAAACUCUCCUCUCAAGCUUUCUUUAACCAGGAACCCGAAACUGACACUCCUUCUAUGAUUCAGGACCGGAGAUCAGAGGACAAUAUCAGCAUCAUCAUUGCUGAUCUAGGAAGAACAGAAUGGAAGAAUCUCCCGGUGCAGCGACAAAACAUGGUGGUGGAACUGGUUCAGGCCGUAGCGACUGUCGGUAUAGUUACUGUUGGCAUAUGGAUGACUUCGUUACUCUCUUGA